AAAAUUUUCCGUCCACUUUUGCUGCGCCUUGCUGGAAAACCCGGAUUCGUUCCUAGUUCUUUAACCUCACCAACGCACUUUCAGUUGCUUGCCAUUUUCCAACUUUCCAUUAUUAUUAUCUCCCGCCCUCUUCCCCUGGAUCGUAUUUAUAUAUAUCUCAACCAUGUAUAUCCAUCAUUUUCAGAAUUAAGUACAGGAAUCUAUCUACUUGAACAACCAACCUAAUGAAGACCCUUUUCGUAGUGCUGGUGAUUUUGAUUGUUUCUCUUAUGCUAAUAGAAUCGACGUUUGCCGUGAACAAGAGGGUUUUUGUGAUGGUGGAGACAAAGGGCAGCGCAGGUGAUCGCAAUGUUGCUGCUCCGGCAAAAAACAAGGAAUUGAUGGCAGAGUCUUCUUAUGCAUAUGUUGAGGCGGAGGAGCAGUCUUAUUUGUUUAAUCACCAUGAGAUUCCCAGGGAGGCUUGGGGAAAUAAUGCCCAAAAUCCAGAUGACCCGAUCCCGGAUGCUAGCAAGGACGAGGAUGGAGGCGAGUAAAGCCUGCUUUCUAUCCAAUCAGUAGAGUUAUGAAUAGUCCAGCCC